AUGUUGCGUGACUGCUGCCUCCGGCUGCCAGUGGCGAUCUGGGUGCUGCUGCUGGUGAUGACAGCCUUUGCAAUGGAGUGCCCCAAGAUCAAGGUGGGGACGUGCAAGGACUGCAUCCAGUCUGGUCCCGGCUGCGCCUGGUGCAAGAAGCCGAGUUUUACCAAAGCUGGCGAGCCAGACUCCAUCCGCUGUGACACCAUCGAGCAGCUGCGGCAGAGGGGAUGCCCGCACAACGAGAUUGAGUUUCCAGUCAAUAACAUUACAAAGACACAGGACAGUCCCUUAAGCAAUGACAUACAGCUGACUCCCCAGGAGGUGCACCUGAAACUGAGGAUAGGCCAGCCCGCUGUAUUUGAGGUGAAGUUUCGCCGCGCCAUGGGGUACCCCAUUGAUCUCUACUACCUCAUGGACCUCUCCUACUCCAUGCUGGAUGAUCUGGAGAAGGUGAAGAAGCUGGGAGGGGAGCUGCUCAGGGCGCUGGAGAGCACUACCCCUUCUCGCCGCAUAGGCUUUGGCUCCUUUGUGGACAAGACAGUGCUGCCUUUUGUGAACACGCACCCUGAGAAGCUGCAGAACCCCUGCCCCAACAAGGACAAGCAAUGCCAGCCUCCCUUCGCCUUCAAGCACAUCCUCUCGCUGACCGACAACGCCAAGAAGUUCGAGAGUGAAGUGGGGAAGCAGUUUAUCUCGGGGAACCUGGAUGCCCCAGAGGGGGGGCUGGAUGCCAUGAUGCAGGCGGCAGUGUGUGGGGACUUGAUUGGCUGGCGCAAUGUGACCCGCUUGCUGGUGUAUGCUACUGAUGACGGCUUCCACUUUGCUGGUGACGGCAAGCUUGGGGCCAUCCUGACCCCCAAUGACGGCCAGUGCCACUUGGAGGACAACAUGUACAAAAAGAGCAAUGAGUUUGACUACCCAUCUGUUGGCCAGCUGGUCCAGAAACUUGCCGAAAACAACAUUCAGCCCAUUUUUGCUGUUACCAGUAAGAUGGUGGAUGUUUACAAGAAACUCAGUGAGAUGAUCCCAAAGUCGGCGGUGGGAGAGCUGAACGAGGACUCCAGCAAUAUCAUUGAACUCAUCCAGGUGGCCUACAACAACCUCUCCUCACGGAUCAUCCUGGACCACUCUACCCUGCCAGAUGUCCUGGAUGUCAAAUAUGACUCCAUGUGCAGUAAGGGUAUGGAUGCAGUCUUGGAUGAAGCAAGAGGGCAGUGCGACAACGUCAAGAUCAAUGAUGAGGUCACCUUCAAAGUGAAGGUCACGGCCAAGGAAUGCAUCAAAAGCCAGUCCUUCACCAUCCGGCCGCUGGGCUUCACAGACACCCUCACCGUCCACCUGGACAGCAACUGCAACUGCAACUGCAACGAGCAGCCCGACCCAACCGCCUGCAGUGGGAAAGGCAGCAUCGUCUGUGGGAUCUGCAGUUGCAAUUUGGGUUACACGGGGAAGAACUGCGAGUGCGAAACCAAAGGCAAGACCAGCAAGGAGUUGGAGGGCAGCUGUCGGAAGGACAACAGCUCGAUCAUCUGCUCGGGGCUAGGGGACUGUGUGUGCGGGCAGUGCAUCUGCCACACCAGCGACGUGCCCAACAAGCAGAUCUAUGGCACCUUCUGCGAGUGUGACAACAUGAACUGCGAGUUUCACAACGGCUCUCUCUGCGGCGGCAAAGACCGUGGGAGAUGCGACUGCGGGGAGUGCAAGUGCAUGCCUGAGUACCAGGGCAGUGCCUGCCAGUGCAAGAAGUCGACGGACGGCUGCUUGAACAUCCGUGGCAACGAGUGCAGCCACCGCGGGAACUGCCACUGCAACCGCUGCCAGUGCCAGGGGGGAUACCAGCCCCCCUUCUGCCAGGAGUGCCCUGGCUGCCCCUCACCCUGUGGCAGAUAUGUCUCCUGUGUGGAGUGCAAGGCCUUCGAGAGCGGCCCCUUCGAGAAGAACUGCUCCCAGGCCUGCCCCUACAUCUGGCUGGACAAGAAGUUGACAGUGGCGAGCAGGCAGUGCAGAGAGAAGGACUCCCACAACUGCUGGAUCUCCUUCAGCAUGGUCCAGGAGGACGGCGAGGAGAUGUAUAGCGUCAACGUUGAUCCCAAAAAAGAGUGCCCAGAGCCUCCCAAUAUCGCACUGAUUGUGGGAGGCACCGUUGCUGGCGUGGCCCUCAUUGGUCUGGUGCUCCUGCUGAUCUGGCGGCUCUUGACGGAGCUGUUUGACCGCCGGGAAUACCGCCGGUUCGAGAAGGAGAAGUCCAAGGCCAAGUGGAAUGACGCGGAUAACCCCCUCUUCAAGAGUGCCACCACCACGGUCGUGAACCCCAGGUUCAAUGGGCAAUGA